GUCGCCGUCUGCAGGUGUUCAAGCGCCAGCCAAAACUUCCAUCCCCUACCAGUCUAUCACCUCCCAUCUCCUCGGUCUCUCGUUUGGGCGGCGACUCCCUUCCCCCUCCUCGGUACGCGGACAUACAGUAGUCAAAGCGCUGCAGCAAGUCUGGUUUGCGCGACAGUGGAAAAACUUGGACUGGACUUCCGUUGUUUCUGGAAGGCAGGCUCUUCCCACUUCACAUGCGGCCCUUCUCCGUGAGACGGCCCAUAUGUCUAUUAUGUCGACUCAGGCACAGCAAUCCACAACGAGUCUUGCCGUCUCCGCUUCAUCGCGUCGACCCUACCGCUCGCCCCCUUGAGGCGCGAUAUCUGUCGUCCAGCCCCGACCGAAGGCUCCCGAAUGCAAAGCGUCCACCCCGGGCACCUCGAAGGCCGGCGAAACACGAUGCGACCACAGCGCCUGAUAGCACCUUGACUGGCGCGCAGAAGAAUAAAAUAAAGGCCUUCACCGAUUUCCUACCGCUGUUGCAAGAGCAUGCCAGGACGCUGGUGCCCAAGACUGCACCCACGGUCGAUGACCUGAGCCUGGAACAAGUGCUGGGGACUUUCAAACCCAAGACAAAAGCUCUUCGUCGAACGAUUCCCACACUCCAGAGCGCAUAUGCGGAGCGGCCUUUCAAUGUAUUGGACUCGGAUCUUCGCCGAGUCGCGACCCUUACGCCUCGUGGCAAGGUAGAUGUCAUUGAUGACGAGACGCGGAGGAUUCUGAGAGGACUAGGUAUCCUCCAAGAGGGCGGAUCGCACGGUCCUAGCAAGCCGAAGGCCUCUCGUCGCAAGCCUGUGCCUAGAGCCGAGCGACAUACGCCACUGAUCCGCCGCCGGUUAAGUAAAGGGCCGCCGCUCAAGCCGUCGCGAACCUCGCCCGGAGAUCCCGUCGCCGGCGAAGAUGGGACCAGGAGCAGAUCCAAGGCGUCCGAUAAGGAAAGGAUCGCGUCGCUGGACGAAGCGCGCUUGAAAGUGGCCCAACUCGACGGGUUUGCUUUGGUCCCCGUCGAGGUUGCACGCUCCAAGGUCCCUACCUUGAGCCAUGACCUUCCGCGUGUUCUGUUCAAUCCAGGGGUCUAUCAGCUCCAGGAUCCACGGUCCAGGGUCUGGAACUUCGACCCCUACCUGGGUAAUAUCAUGCCGGUCUCCGAGUUCAAUUACGACGCUCUCAACCGAUACAUCACUUCCUCCGAGGAUUUUUCUCUACGUGAAGUGGCUUCGAAACAGGGAAGGCGGUAUAUUGGGUCUACUUCGAGCAUGUCCGGGGUCCUGGCCCAUUUCCAUUUUCUGCUUUCUGCAUGGCGUGAGUUGACCAUGGACAACCUUACCCGCGGCUUCAAAGACGACGGGAGCACAUUCACCAAAAUCCAGAGAGGUCCCACCGCUAUAUUUCUUCGAUACAAGGACGGCGUGUAUGCCGUGGAUGCCGACAAGGAGUUUGACUCGGCAAACAUCCUGAUGAGUUUGGGUCGGUCCAUGGAGAAGCUCCUGACGCUCGACAAGGAUGAAUACGAAAGGUAUCGAAAGACUCAUGACGCCGAGAAAGAUUCUGAGAUGCACUCAUCCGAACCAGAAGCAUACCACUAUAGCGAGCUGGGCAAGUUUUUGCUUCGGUCUCAGCUGGAUGCCCACGACCCCCGACUCCCCGGUACCGGCAUGUUCGACCUCAAAACGCGUGCGGUGGCGGCGGUGCGGAUGAUGGUUCACAAGCAUGAAGAAGGUGCCGGCUAUCAAAUCAAAGAGAGGUUUGGUACCUGGGAAUCGUUUGAGCGGGAGUAUUAUGACAUGAUGCGAUCGGCCUUCCUCAAGUACUCGCUUCAAGUUCGCAUGGGCCGCAUGGAUGGGAUCUUUGUCGCUUACCAUAACACAGAACGCCUGUUCGGAUUCCAGUAUAUCCCACUCCCGGAACUGGACUUGGCUCUGCACGGUCAAUCGGACCCAACACUGGGUGACCGAGAAUUUCGGCACAGUUUCAGACUACUGACCGACAUUUUUGAUCAAGCAACGGCGCAGUUCCCAAACCAGUCGAUAAGAUUUCAUUUUGAAGCUAGAGAGGCAACGUCCGUUCAGGCACCUCAUAUGUACAUCUUUGCAGAACCCGUGACCGAGGAGGAGAUUGCCGAUAUCCAGAGUAAAAAGAAAGAGGAAAUCGAAGCUUAUGAGCGACGAAUCUUCAACCCCAAGCCUCGGCAGACACAGGAUGACGAAUGGGAGAAGGCUGCCCCCGAAGAUGAGGACGAUUUAUUUGAAGCCGAGACAGAAACUGCAAAGUCUGCCGGUCAGGCAACGGCGACACCUCAAACAUCAUCUGCGACGCUAGCUGAGAAAAUGGCGUCCACCAAGAAUUCAAACGCAGCCGACGUCGGCUUUCUACAAGGUCUUAUGGGUGUCAAUCUUUCUGCCAACAGUGCGCCCGAGCCUUCGAAGAAGCAGGCUCAGGCUUCCGAGCCAGCAGCAGAAGAACCGGCGAUCCAGAAGCCCAUUCUCGCCUGGAAAUUGAACAUCCGGAACAUCGUGAACGGGCUUCCCGUCAGCCGGCCUCGAGACUUGCAGCCAGCGGACAGCUGGGAUGUCGAAUAUACAUUGACACCAUUCACCGAAGUGUCUGGGCAACGCAACUACUUGCUGUGCAAGAACCGUCGCAAGGCCGUGUUGGAGGCUCCUCAAAGUGAAGACGAAGCGGUCAGCUACUAUAUCCAGCAACUGCUUUCCAUGAGCCAGAAAGGAGCGGAGUGGCGGCGAAAGUUGGACGAGCUUGAUGCCCAACGUGACAGAGUCGUCCUCUACGGAGAUCGCAUCGGGGCCGACAAAAAGUGAUGGAAUACAGCCGGCCCCGUCGGAGUGACGAAGUAGGCUAUCUUUGUAUAACAAUAUCAAUACUCGGGAAUCCGUGCAACAUGUACCAGACUCAUGGUUACAACUUUUGGAGCGGCGGCUCCCCGGCGAUACAGACCAACCUGGCGGUGCCACGUUGUAGAGAUUUCAGCCUGAGAUUGACAGGCUGGCGAUCACCGAAGAACAGUGAGUACGCCCUGUCGUCCCAAGCACGGUCCCAGCGAUCGAGGGUACUACAGUAGAGACAUGUUUCAGCAGCCAACGUGUUCCUUCGUACAAUCUCAAUACUCUACUUCAGGGUGUGAGCAACGGUAACAAAAGAAGCGUGGAGCAGGAAGAUCGGCCAUGCGUGGUGCGACACUCGCAGUAGGUCAUGGUGUGGAUACCGAUGUGAGCUUCUGGUAGAGUUGGCGUGCUUCAAAUUGGGCGUUAUCGUUCGUCGAGUCAUGCAUUGGUACGUAUGCACUCCACGGCGGCACCCGGAGAUGAGAAGAUAGCAUGACCAACAAGCAAGAUAUGCCUUGGAUGAUACGCAGCCAGAUCCACCUAGAAGUAAUGGGUUUUUGGUUACGUGCGGUUGCCAAUCUUUUUCGUUUGAACUCCC